UCUCUCCGUCUCUCUCUCUCUCUCCAAUCUCAGUUACAACUCCACUGCAUAACUUUCACGCCAUUUACAGCAUUAUAUUGAUUUUCCAUGGAAAUCCCGGCGAGACGAUCGAAUAACUUUCCCGAGAAACAAACAGGCCUUUCUGCGUCGACUUCAGCCAAAUUAUCCCCUGACACAGACAAUUCCGAGUCCUCAUCGGAAUCGGCGUUCGGUCAGGAUGUGUAUGAUAGGGUUUCGUACAAGAGCUGGGCUCAGCAGACUGAGGAGAGCUACCAGCUCCAGCUGGCUCUGGCUCUCCGGCUCUCGUCGGAGGCUUCGCGCGCCGACGAUGCCAAUUUCUUGGAACCUGGGACCGAUGAUCGGUCCACGAGGUCGGGUUCCGACUUGGCCGAGGUCCUCUCGCAUCGAUUUUGGGUGAAUGGCUGCAUGUCUUACUAUGACAAAGUUCCAGAUGGGUUUUACUUGAUUCAUGGGGUGGAUCCAUAUAUAUGGACUAUAAGUACUGAUCUACAAGAGACUGGUCGGGUCCCAUCAUUUGAUUCAUUGAAGGCUGUUGACCCUCUUGAUGGUUUGCCAAUUGAGGUGAUUUUGAUUGAUAAAUCUAGGGAUUCUGGUUUGAAAGAACUGCAGAAUAGGGUACUCAGCCUAUCUAGUAGCUGGAUUACUGGACAAGAGAUGGUUGAUCAUCUUGCUGAGCUUGUCUGCAAUCACAUGGGGGGUGUAGCUUCUGGAGAAGAUUGUUUUGCUGACGGCUGGAAAAAGUGCACUGGGCUUUUGAAGGGCUGCUUUGGCUCCGUUGUGCUUCCAAUGGGAAGCUUGUCUGUUGGCUUUUGUGUUCAUAGGGCUCUCCUGUUUAAAUUGUUGGCAGACAUGGUUAACUUACCAUGCCGUAUAGCUAAGGGAUGUAAAUACUGUGGGAGGGAUUUUGCUUCUUCCUGUCUUGUGCGAUUUGGUAAUGACAGAGAAUAUAUUGUUGAUCUGAUUGGAAGGCCUGGAUCUUUAAGCCAGCCUGAUUCAUUUCUUAAUGGUACAUCUUCCAUUGUGGUUUCUUCACCAUUAUGUCAUCCAAGGUUUAGAGCUGCUGAAAGUGCCGAGAACUUGAGGAUGUUAGCCAGACUGUAUUUUUCGGACUGCCAAUCACUUAAUAUUACAUUCGAUGAUGUUUCCUCAGGUACUUCUAUUAGUCAAGAUAACACAGAUCCUCAGGUCACUAAGCCACACGAAAUGAAAAACUUUGAUAGGAACAACCCUAUUUCCAAUUCAAGUAAUGACCAUGAAUUAUCUGUGUCACCUUUGCCGGGAAGAGCUGGUUGGACAAUCACCCAUGACAGAGAUUUCCAGAUGCAAAACUCAUUUAAUCCUUUUUUAAAUGUCUUAAGUUCAACACACUUGGCCAAAGGCCCUGUUCUUCCAAGUCAGAUCCUUCGAAAUGGAUAUAGAGAGGCUCAACCAACUUUAGCCUUCUCUGAUCUAAGGCCCGAAACAGAUAAUAAUGUGAGGUUCAUGGAAUCUAAUUACUUAGCAACCAGGGAACCACCUAGUCAUGGUCAUGACUUUUCUCUCGACGAGGAGGAUUUAGACAUCCAAUGGAGUGAUCUUGUUUUGAAGGAGAAAAUUGGAUCAGGUUCUUUUGGAACUGUUCAUCUUGCUGAGCUGCGUGGUUCAGAUGUUGCUGUCAAGAUUCUCAUGGAACAAGAUUUCUAUGCAGAGCGCGUCAAGGAAUUUCGGAGAGAGUUUGCAAUGAUGAAACGCUUGCGACACCCAAAUAUUGUUCUCUUUAUGGGUGCUGUGACUCAGCCUCCAAACCUAUCCAUAGUUACAGAAUAUUUGUCAAGAGGCAGCCUGUAUAAACUUCUGGGCAUGCGUGAUGCAGGCGUAAUACUGGAUGAUAGGCGUCGCUUGAAUAUGGCUUACGAUGUGGCAAAGGGAAUGAAUUACCUUCAUCAGCUUAAACCUCCCAUUGUCCAUCGAGAUUUAAAGUCUCCCAAUCUUUUGGUGGACAGUAAAUAUACCGUAAAGGUCUGUGAUUUUGGCCUCUCCCGUACAAAACUCAACACGUUUCUUUCAUCUAAAACGGCUGCUGGGACUCCUGAGUGGAUGGCACCAGAAGUCCUCCGUGAUGAGCCAUCAAAUGAGAAGUCAGACGUUUACAGUUUUGGUGUAAUUUUGUGGGAACUUGUGACCGUUCAACAGCCAUGGAGAAACUUUACUCCAUUGCAGGUUGUGGCAUCUGUUGGAUUUAAGGGCCAAAGGCUUGAAAUUCCCAGCAACGUCAAUCCUCAAGUGACUGCCUUAAUUGAAGCCUGUUGGGCCGAUGAGCCGGGGAGACGUCCUUCGUUCUCCUUCAUUAUGGAGGCUUUGCAGCAAUUGAUCUCGUAAUGCACACACCAACCAAUUCUUAUAUUCCACUAGUUACCUAAAAAGAGUAAAUUUCCUGAUGGCCGUGGGACAAUUGCAUAGAACAUCUUGUUUACUCACGUGCGUCUACAGAAUCCCCAUCAGCAAUUACUUUAUUUUCUCAUGUACAGAAAAAAGGGGUUCAUGACUGGUACAGUUAACUAGAUGGCUCAAGAAACCAACACCCCAAGUUUGAUCAUCGGGCUGACUUGAUGCAAGUGAUCUAGGGCUGAUUCUGUGCAACAGUGGAGAUUUUGGACUCAUUGAUACGAUUAAAAAAUGGUCCAUUUUUAUCUAGUAAAAAGAAUGUUUAAUCAUGUAUUGAUGUCAACAGUCUUAGAGAAUGAAGCAAGAUGGCAUAAGAGUAACCAUAUUAAAGGCAAGUUUGGCAUGACCUAAAUAAUAUAAAAAGUCAAAAAGUCACUAUUCUAUUUAA